CCCUACACUCAAAUACAAAUUUAUGCCUCAUUUUUCAUAUAAUUUUUUUUAUAGUAGUACCCUACAAACAACUAAAUUUGUUGUAUAAAAUCGGGUGUCCUAAGCGGUCAGUUCCUUUGCCUAUGCCCGGACCCGAGUUUGAAUGCAUACUCGUAUAUAUGUAUCAGGUACUCUUCUCUGACGCUGACCCCAUGGUGCCUGUUACUGAAAGAGCACCACCACCUCCUCCGAUGCGUAGAGGAGCCCCACCACCUCCAUUUGGGUCUGGUGGACCUCCUCCACCACCACCACCACUUCCAUUUAGGUCUCGUGAACCUCCACCACCACCACCUCCUCUGAUGCGUAGAGGAGCCCCACCACCACCUCCAUUUAGGUCUGGUGGACCUCCACCUCCACCACCACCUCCUCCGAUGCUUAGAAGAGCCCCACCACCACCACCGCCACCACCUCCUCCGAUGCUUAGAAGAGGCCCACCACCACCACCGCCACCACCUCCUCCGAUGCGUAGAGGAGCCCCACCACCACCACCUCCACCACCACCACCUCCAUUUAGGUCUCGUGGACCUCCGCCUUUUCAUUGGGUUAUACCAAGGAGGGUCUUUCUUGUAAGCUCAUGGGAGGAGAUACCACAGAGACAUGAGGAAGGACAAACGUAUUUGGACUAACUCCAUCUUUGCAUAACUUUAUUUAUACACAACAACAAAAUUAUAAGUUAUUGGAAUUGGUUUGCAACUAAUUAAUGACAUUUUUCUGUUAGUGCACCAGAGUUUGAUGUAUCAGAAAUAGAGACUCUUCUCUCUGCUAGAGUGCAAAAACCGGCUGAUAAAGCCCCACCGCCACCACCACCACCACCUCCCCCAAUGCAUAGACGAAGAGGAUGUGGUCUUCCACGUCCAGGUUUGAGGUCUUCAACUCAAAAGAAGUCUUCUCUUAAGCCUUUUCAUUGGGUUAAGAUAACAAGGGCCGCGCGGGGAAGCUUAUGGGACGAGUUUCAGAGACAUGGGGAAGG